GUCGGAGCCCAAAACAAUUGAACGUAAGCUAACGCGAUGCCCCCCACUCAUGAUAUAUCUCCUCUGUGGUACACAGUUCCUGCUUCCUCCCAUUAUUUCUCUCUCUCAGUCAGUUUUGAAAUAAAGUCCAAACACUGCUCAACUAUAUAGACAAGACAUCAGCUAGCCAGGCUGCAAUACCCUCGCUCCUGAUACAAUGCAUAGUUCUCGUUGUAGUAAUCGCAGUAGUGCAUCCGAUGAUCAAGAGGCUCCAGCAAUGGAACGACUGCGCCGGGUCGUUAAAACGCAUUCUAACAUAAGUGACGGCGAAUCCAUCUUUAGGAGUUCCUUUCCACCAUCAACCUCGGAUUUAUCCCGUUCGGUGUCUUUAGGGGUGUUCAGAGCACCUACUGCUACCUACACAUGGCCGCCUCUCGCCUCUAAUGAUCUCAAGUCCGUUGGUACUCCACGACUCGUAUCCGGACCAACUUCUUCACAGACUUCGUACCAGGACCCCAAGAUUUCUGGACCAGUCCAGUCGUACAGGGAACCUCUUUCAAGGACCCCUGGCCAAGGACGUUGGGGCACUCCAAUCACUUUAAACUCACCGUCAGAAGAACAUAAAAUACCAACCACGGCGAGCACUUCUUCCUCUGAUGGGGACGAAUCGGGGGAACUUUGGACUCAGUACGCAACGAUGUUGAAGACACCCAACGCCACGAGCGUUGAGUGGGUAUGCAUGUGGACAGGACCAGGCUACCUUCAUCCUUGUUACUAUCAAGGGAAAAAGCAGCUGGUGAAACGGCAUGUAGAAACAAAGCAUAUGAUGAUCAAGAGAUUUGUUUGCGAAUUCUGCGACAAACAAUUUGCUCAGAAAACCAGUCUCAACGUUCACAUUUCUUCUAAGCACCUUAAAAAUGAACCUCACAAAUGCGAGUACCACGGUUGUAUCGCACGCUACAACGACCCCGCCCGACUGUGUCGACAUAAAAUCGAAGCCCAUGGCUACGUCCCGCGCUCUACCUCCCGCAAAAAGGACAGAAGUCCUCAUCCCGCAGCGGUGGAACUCUAUAACCGCGGGAGAGAAUAGACUGUAGUCAUCAAAUUUUGUUCAGUUGCACGUCUUCGCUUUCGCCGUUUUCUUCUUCCUUUCGUGUUGCUCUCGUUGGAUUUUGACCUUCGUUCACUGUAUUCUUAUCAUGGCACUUCUGGG